UCACUUGUCCGUAUGGGUCAGUGUGACACCUGAACUGUAAGAAGGGUUGCUUAGCGUACCCUUCAUAUACUGGACUGUCGCAUGAGCCUAUUGCGUCGCUUCGGCUUCGCAUAUACUAAAAUUGGAACGAUACAGAGAAGAUUAGCAUGGCCCCUGCGCAAGGAUGACACGCAAAUUCGUGAAGCGUUCCUCAUUUUAUUAUUUUACCAUAAACGGGAAAAAGAAAUCCAAGAAUAAUCUUCAUCGUUUAAUGGACACCAAACCGCCAAAGGGAAUGAGUGUGCUGCUCUCUAGUGGAUGUAUUGAGCGUUGCAGUAUUUACCCAGAUUGAAGGUUUGGGUGGGAUUUAACGCCACAGGUGGCAACCGUGUGCAGGCAAAUGUUUCAACCACUAUGAAUCACCCUCUUGAAACGUAUCCAAUGCAGCCACAAGGUGGCAGGCAUGCAAAGGACAAUGUUUCAAUGACUUUUGGAGAUAUGAUGACGCUGUUCCAACUACGUCCCACCGCCCGGACCCCUUGUCUCCAUGCACACCGCGCCACGCUGUUACAGACGUCACUUUCCAGGAUGGACUUCAUUGCCUGUCACGCACAUGCACACUAAUGAACGGCGAGACACGCACCAUGAGGUCAGUGUAUUUGUUCUCGUGCGUACUGCUGGGCCUGGCGGAUUCUGAGUAUAUGGUGUCGCUGACUCAACCCUUUGGAAGCUUCCAGUCACCACACUUCCCAGCCACAUAUCCCGACGACACGUGCCAUCGCUGGGAAAUCCGUGUUCCCGACGGUUUCCGUGUCCAACUGGACUUCAGCCAUUUUGACCUGGAACCUUCUGACUUGUGCCAGUGCGACUACGUCAGGGUGGAGGCUGGUGGCAGGGCCUUGGACGAGGGCGGGGCUUCCAUCCUGGGAAUAUUCUGUGGCAGUGAAUCUCUGGAUCCGGAGAGCGUUCCGGGUCCCGAAACGCUUAGCACUCCUGGCAACGUCGUCAGCAUCGUCUUCUCAUCCGACUUCUCCAACCCGCAAAACUUCUCCGGCUUCCAAGCGCACUACAGCGCAAUUGAUGUGGACGAGUGCGCGGAAGGUGUGGACGAAGACGUCGCCUGCGACCACCUGUGUCACAACUAUGUGGGCGGCUUCUACUGCUCCUGUCGCCAUGGUUACCUGUUGCACCCUGACAAACGCACGUGCACAGUUGAGUGUAGUGACCUAGUGUUUUCUGAGCGUGUGGGUUCCCUGAGCAGCCCCAAUUUUCCAUCACCAUACCCAAAAAGAACUGAGUGCUCUUAUAUUAUCCGGGUGGCGCCGGGACUCAAGCUUCGCCUCCACUUUGAUGAUAUGUUUGACGUGGAGGAUCACCCGGAAGCCCUCUGUCCCUAUGACUACCUCAAGAUCCGAGCGGCGCCUAAAGAGUUUGGGCCGUUUUGCGGUGGUCAGUCUCCUGGUGUGAUCCAGACCGACACCAACGUCGUUAUUAUCUUGUUUCACAGCGACCACUCAGGAGAAAAUGUUGGAUGGAGGAUGACGUACACCUCCGAGGGAAGUCCAUGUGCAUCUCCAGUGCAUCCAACCAACGUUACGGUGAGCCCGCUCCAGCUCGAGUACUCAGCUGGGGACCGCGUCCGGGUCUCGUGUUCUCCAGGCUCCAUGAUCAUCAAGGGUGGUGAGCGCGUGGAUGGAGACUUUGAGAUGCUCUGUCAGGAAGAUGGCACCUGGGAUACCGCACUUCCUGUCUGUCAAAGUAAAAAUGAGUUUGGCUGCGGCCCAAACAAUCUGAGUGUUAACACUGCGCCAGGGGUGGAGCUUCCAUCCUGUGUGCCGGCAUGCGGCCGCCCGUCACGUCCGCUGGCCGUCCAGGUGAAGCGCAUAGUCGGCGGUCGCGCUGCAGAGCCGGGGAACUUCCCUUGGCAGGUUCUGCUGAGUGUGGAGGACACCAGCCGUGUCCCGUCGGAGCGCUGGUUCGGCUCGGGUGCCCUGUUGUCGGACACGUGGAUCUUGACUGCCGCCCAUGUUGUGCGCUCUCGCCGCCGGGAUGCCCAGGUGGUCCCCGUGGCCCCCGAACACAUCAAGGUGGUGGCGGGUGCAGUGGACGUGCGGGACAAGCAGGCAUCGGCCGUCCUUUCCGUGUCUCAGGUGCUGGUCCAUCCCGACUUCCGACCCAGUGACUUUGACAAUGACAUCGCCUUGCUGAAGCUGAGUGUCAAGGUGGAGCUGAACCACGAUGUCCAGCCCGUCUGCCUGCCGUCGCCACCACAGGAUGACGCCACCUCUCCCCCACCCCACUCUCUAGGCGUAGUCGCUGGGUGGGGGGUGUCGCACCCUGACGUUACCUCCGACCUGCUGCAGUUUGUUCGUCUGCCGGUGGUCCCGCAGGAUGAGUGUCGCGCCAGCUACGCAGCCCGCACGGGAAGCUACAACGUCAGCGACAACAUGUUCUGCGCUGGCUUCUACGAGGGUGGCCGCGACACCUGCCUGGGCGACAGCGGGGGCGCCUUUGUGGCUGAGAACCCCGUCACCCGGCAGUGGGCCGUGUAUGGCCUGGUGUCGUGGGCUGGUCCCGAGGAAUGCGGCAGCCGGAGGGUGUAUGGCGUCUACACUCGCGUCAACAAAUACCUGACAUGGAUACAGCAGCACCUCCUGGUAUUCCUGUGAUGAUGUCACACGCAGCAUACGAUUCUAGCACACCUAUAGUCUAAAUAUAGAUAACACUGUGGUUUACUUAUACCUAGCCAUAGUCAAACUAUAACGAAUGCUGUGGAUAACACGUCAUGUAGGUAACAGCAUCACAUGCUAAGUCCUAACUACACAAUCUAAAAUCAGCAAGGCUAUGCACAUUAGUUAAAGUAGAAAUAUCAUGCUUACAAAUCCUUCCUUUUUACAUUUUACUCAUUCAGUUGUGGUCUAUAUAAAGUGAAACAGCAAAGCUUUUGUCUGAAUUCCUCGCCUUCAUAGCAUCACAGGCCCCUCUUUACUUCUCUUCAUGUUCUGAGGAGCUGCUCAGAGCAAGCCAUUUUGGUGCGCUCUUUAAAUGCAAAUGAGAUACUUCACACCCCGCUCCUUCCAGGCCAUAAGACAUAUUUGUAGUUUUUUCUAUCGGAGGUAGCGUUUACUUGCGUCGCAAACAUUUUGAUCGAUAAAAAGAUGUGAACAGUAGAAGACUUGCCCGUACAUCACACGUAACAAAAUAAACCCCCAUAUUUAAAAAUAAAACAGACACUUUUGAUGCAAUUCAUCUGAUACAACUACUCAAAAUGCAUCCAAAAGGCUCUCUUGAGUAAUAAAGGUGGCGGAUUUGUGAAACCGUUUGGCCGCACCCAUUACCUUGUUUGGUAGUGCCACCCCAAAAACUGACACAAUAGAUGAAAAUACGUAACAGAAAAUGGAUAAAAGUGAACGGAGUAAAAAAUAUGAUGUGUCUCCUUUAAGGUAUCAUCAGCCCUACGUGUUAUCAAUGUUAGCAAUCAUUCCUGUCAGCAGGAGCCAAAACAGAUACAUGCAUGCACAACCAUGGAACAUGUUGCAUUAAAUUACACUGAAUAUUAACCAACUAUGUUUUGUUAGUAAAUCACGCUGGCAGGAAUCUGCAGGUAACCAUCACAUUUUGCACACUUGCAAGAUUAGUAAACUAGUCGAUUAAAUGUUACGGUAAACUAUACCCUAAAUUUAUAGAUUUGACUGAAAAUGACAUGUUUUCUCAGUUUGUUCACAUGACGUUCGUAAGGUGAGCUGUGAUGACAUGGACAUUUUCAAUCAAUAGCAAGCAGCAAAUGGCUGAGAUGGAUGAAAACCGAUGAAUUGAAGAGCCUAAUUCAUAAACUACAAACGGACAAAAAUUAAACAACGACAGUUAUUCGUACGCCAAUUCUACGACUGAGAUAAAAAGAGACAAUUAACUUGACUAAAUAAUGUAAUGUCUAAUAUGUACUUCUGUCGAAGGUCAUAUGCAAACAACACUUCUGGUUACUCAUGAGCGUUAUUGGAUGUGUCGUAGUAUCUGAAAUACUACUGCCUCCUGCAGGACUUUAAUGCCAAUUAUACAAUUUGAGUGGGAAAAUGUGCAAGGAAUUGUAUUAUUCUCAACCAUAGGUGAAUAUGUAAUAUAUAACGACCAUAAAUCUAUAUACAUAUGUUGAUAGAUUU